AAAAGGAAGAAGGCAUAUUAAUCCAAAGUAAAACGCUGAAAAUAUUUUGUAAAACAGUUAUGAGUAAUGUUACCCACGAAAAAACUUAUUAAUUCCGUCUUCUUCCGUAACUGAGCUUUUCUUUCCAAAAAUAGCUUGGUUACGCUGUCAAGCAGAUGGCAAGAUCCGUCCUGUUAAAUUAAUGGCGAACUGUAAAAUUAUCCCUUUAAUGAAGCACAGAGAACAUUAACUAUUAUAAGAAAGUGCCAAUUCGGCGGCUAGAUGAAAGUUCGGCUUUAGAAGAGUUCGACUUUUUUUUCUGUUGCUUUUCUCUUUUCGGUGUCGCUGUUAUGUCUUGUUGUGACUGGCAAAAACAGGUUCAACCAUUAGCAGCCGCUAAAAACACGAAGGGCCUUCUAAGGUAUUACCAAAUUGAGUUGGAACUGCCAAUUUCAUUUAGAAAUUUCAACCCUGAUCGAUUAAUUUAUUAGUGCCGCAAUUGGUCUAAAUUGAAAAUAUGGUAUAAAACAAAUCACACGCUAGUACAAUGCGAACACCAAAACGAGCAAUUUGGGUCCGAUGCGAAUAAAUUAAGGCCUGUUGAAGUGUAUAAAAUUAAACAAAUUACUUCUCGUCGGACUGUCACAGCUGACAAUCAAAGUAUUUUUAGCAUUUUAUGGAGUGAAACUGCAAAUGCAAACAGCCAUUUGAUCCCAAGAAGCGGAUGCCCCGUCAUUUACUGCUGUGUUAUCGGACCACGUUUGGCGCCCGACUCGUGAGUUGCUCUGAGCCAAUCAACAUGCGCGCUUUUCAGGAGUGAAAUUAUGUAUUGUAAAUGUUGUCAGACGCGAAAAAAAACAACUAAAAGAUCUGAGGACCAGCUGAAUCGAUAACCUUUUCGUGCCUCUCUCGUGCAGUUGAACGCAGCACAGAUAAAGCGAGACCUUCAUCGAGAAAUGGCCGCCGCAGACGUGAAACAGAUGUCUUUCAAGCAAGCGUUCACCGUGUUUGACCGCGACCAGACGGGAGAAAUCGACAGCGACGACUUUCCAACGGCGGUUCGCUCUCUAGGCUACAACCCGACCAACAGUCAAGUGGAGGAUGUUCUUAAAGCUGCCAACAAGGGCGAAAAAGAUAAAAUUAAUUUUGAAGAAUUUGCUGACAUGUUAGCAAAGUUUGACGCAAGCACCAAGGACGAUGCCGAAGAAUCUCUUCGCGAGGCUUUCAAGAAAUUCGACCGUGAUGGCAACGGCUACAUAUCCCCGGAUGAACUUCUGUAUGUGGUGUGCAACAGUGGCGAGAAGUUGAGCCGAGAGGAAGCGGAAGAACUCAUCAGCAUGUUUGACAAAAAUGCAGAUGGUCAGCUCUCGUGGGAGGAGUUUGUAGAGUUCUUCAAGUGUGACAGAGAGGCCCCGGAAGCUAACAUGUGCAUCCCUGAAGAGGACCUUACAAAGGAAGAUACACGUACAUGACUUACAAUUUAAUUUUUUUAAAAGUUCACUCGUUUUUGAGUUGUCACAUUAAAAAGGGGGUUAUGUCACACAAAUUUUUUAAAUGCUACACAACAUUCCGAAUAGCUCAUUUUAAAGUUUUGUGCUCAGUGGUCAGGCCUUUGAACAGAAACGAGGCUAGAGUUGACUUUGCCAUGAUAAAAACCUCGUUACUUUUCAAAUAUAUAUUGUUCUGUUCUAUGCUAAACCUCGCUUUCAUGCAGAGGCUAGGUUACGUUUCAAACAACUGUAAAAUGGUCUAUUGCUUGAAAGAGAAAAGUGCUAAGAAGUUCUUUUUGGUUCAAACAAUUCAAGCAGUUGGCUACCAAGUUGAAACAAUAUGGGAAUGUUUCAUAUCUUUCAACAGAAGAAAAAUCGUGAAGAAAAUUAGUUGCCUAUCUUCUGAAUCUUUGACAAACGUGCGAGUCAUUCGCUGCAAUAUGACUGAGAACUUGGAAAAUAUCUGUUUAGUAGGCAGAGAAACAUCAGAAACAUCACGUGCACCACAAAGCAUAGGCAUAAAACAUAUGCAACGCACGCAGGCGCAGUGGGAGCAGUAAGGAGCUUAGUCACGGUAUUUUGAGUUAUUUUGGCCAGUUUCAAACUCACCUUUACAUUGAAGGAAAC